AUGAGAUUUGAUCCCAGUCAAAGGGAUCCUAAUUUCUGGUGCGAAUACCAUGAGACCAAUGACCACCGGAUAAGGGACUGUCGGCAAUUGCGCGAGCAGGUGGCGGUAUUGUUAAAAAAUGACCAUCUCAGAGAGAUCUUAAGCGACUGGGCUAAAAACAACUACGACCUCAAUCGUGAUAACGCGGAACCCUCAAAAGCAGGAGAAGACCCUCUUCGUCAGACAAUCAACAUAAUUUUUGAGGGGAACGAGAUUAAUAGUGCGACAGUUUUAGCGGCAAAAAAGACGAAGGUAUCAGUAACCCAUAGUAAAAGACUCCGGGAAGUCGUUGAGGACGACAUUACUUUCACAGAGGAAGAUUCAGAUGGACUAGUGUUGCUGCACAACGAUGCCUUGGUAAUUUCUCUAAAUUUUUUAGAUUUUAAAAUCAAACGUCUUUUGGUGGACCCAGGAAAUUCGGCCAAUAUUAUCCAGUGGAGAGUGCUGGAGCAAGCCAAGUUGAUCGGAAGUAUCAUUCCAGCAACAAAACUCCUUGCCGGGUUCAAUUUGGCAAGUGUGACAACCCGAGCAGAGAUCUUACUGUCCACAAAUGCCGAGGGGGUGAUGAAUACGAUCCUUUUCGAGGUAGUAGACGUCGAUAUGGGCUACAAUAUUAUCUUGGGGAGACCAUGGUUGCACGAGGUGAAGGCCAUUCCGUCAACAUAUUAUCAAUUACUGAAGUUCCCAACCCCCGAGGGAAUUAAACAAAUAAGAGGAGAUCAAUCGGCGGUAAGGGAAAUGAACACAAUCUCAGUUUCCAGUAGCAAAGGGAAGGAGCAUGCAACAUAG